AUGGCUAUAAAUUUUAGUUUAGAAACUCUAGAUUUUCUAGAAUUAUCCGAAGCUGGAUUCUUUGAACAACUGGAUGAAAAUGCAUUUGAAACAGAUGAAGUUUUAGCUGAAAUUAACAAUGAAAACCAGAUAAACAUUGACACUGGAGUUGACCCUAACAACAAAAGUGCUCCUAUAGACAGUAGUGAUCAAGCAAGUAAAAACAUUAACUCUGGAACAUCAAAACAGCCAGUUUUUAUUGCCAUGGAUGAAUCUGACAAGCACAAAUUUGUACAGGACAUGAGAAAUUCCAAUACCAUCAAGAAAACUGAGACAGCUGUCAGGCAAUUUCAAAGGUGGCUGUCAAGUGAUCCUAGAUAUAUCACAGCUGAAAUAUCGGACAUUCCUGUUGAAGUGUUGGAUAACUAUAUAGGCUCUUUCCUGCUGUCUAUCAGGAAAGCAGAUGGAUCCGAGUACGAGCCAGAUACGCUUACCAGUUACCAUCGAGGAAUUGACCGUUAUCUCCGUGACAAAAAUUAUGACUAUAGUAUGGUUCAAGACCGGGAAUUUUCAACAUCAAGGGCUGUUCUAGCUUCAAAACGUAAACAGCUUAACAUGAGUGGUAAAGGAGGUCGCCCAAAUGCUGCCCAGCCACUCACUUCUGAUGAACAAGAAGUCUUGAAGGAAAAAAAGUGCAUUGGCCUUGAAAGUCCACAACAACUGUUAAACAAAAUGUGGUUGAAUAAUACUGUGAUGUUCGGACUUCGUGGAGGCACAGAAAGCCGUAGUCUCUGCUGGGGUGAUGUUUCUUUGAAAACUGAUGCAAAGUGA